AUGGACUUCAUCAUACGUCACCGGGAACGGGAAGACCAUGCCGUGACUUCAGCCAAUGGCAGUCGAAACCUGAUGAACAUGAGCCAAUCAGCGGAAGAGUUGGGGCCGUCUGCUCUGUUACAGUGUCAGAGUAUGGGCAGUGUGUUGGCUGCCACCUCCCCCAGUCCAGCCCCACCUGCUACUGGUGGUGGUCAAGGGGUCCCAGGGUUGGUGUCAGUCCCUCCCGGCUUCACUAUGCCCUCCGUAUCUUCCGUCCCUCAGACGUCUGAGUCUGACCAGCAGAAAGGAGAUGGCGGCGACUCCCUUCCAAACCCAGGCACAUAUGAAGAGUGCCACCGGAAAUGUAAAGAGGUGUUCCCCAUGCAGAUGGAAGGGGUGCGGUUAAUGGUCAACAAGGGCCUAAGUAACCACUUCCAGGUCAGCCAUACUGUUACCCUUAGCACCAUGGGAGAUUCUGGUUAUCGAUUUGGCACCACCUACGUUGGCAGUAAACAGACUGGACCGGCAGAGUCAUUUCCUGUCAUUGUUGGAGAUAUGGACAACACUGGGAGUCUGAAUGCCCAGAUCAUUCACCAGCUUACUAAUGCUGUACGCUCCAAAAUAGCCAUGCAGACUCAGCAGCAUAAGUUUGUAAACUGGCAGUGUGACUUGGAGUAUCGUGGUCAGGACUUCACUUCUGCCGUGACGCUGGGAAAUCCUGAUGUUCUCGUUGGAUCUGGCAUUGUGGUUGCCCACUAUCUUCAGUCGAUCACACCAUCAUUGGCUCUGGGAGGAGAGCUGGUGUAUCACAGGAGACCAGGGGAGGAAGGGGCCGUCACCUCUCUGUUGGGCAGGUACACAGGGGACAACUUUGUGGCAACUUUAACACUGGGAGGUGCAGGAGCUCAUGCUACGUACUAUCACAAAGCCAAUGAGCAGUUGCAGGUAGGGGUUGAAUUUGAAGCCAGCACUCGGAUGCAAGACACCACAACAUCCUUUGGUUACCAGUUGGACCUCCCCAAAGCUAAUCUGCUCUUCAAAGGCACCGUGGACAGUAACUGGGUGGUCGGGGCAACCCUGGAAAAGAAGCUGUUGCCGCUGCCCCUCACACUGGCCCUGGGGGCCUUCCUCAACCACCGCAAGAACAAGUUCCAGUGCGGCUUUGGUGUCACCAUUGGCUAGAGGCGCAUGGGCCACCAAGAACCAGCUCACAGGCCACAGCUUGGACUGGCACAGAGACACACAGGAACCCGAAGUAAGUUUUUGGAAUUGGAUACAGAGACUCUCUUACAACUGUGAUUUCUGGAGCUGACAGAGAGACAAAGACGACUACCAAUGAGCCAGGACCGGCCAAGCCAUGCCUACAUACUGUAGCACAAAUGUCUUUCCUGUAUGGUGUAUUGGAAACGCGCAGAGGCCUGUGUGAUGUAAAUCAGAGGGCUUCAUGUGAUGCUUGAGAACAUGUGACGUGAAAAUUAAAGUAAGCAGUAAGACAUAAUAUAUGGUGAUCAUGUAUGGAUUGAAUAAAUGUCAUUACAUUUUGUACAGCGAGGUGUUUUUUGAUUUUUUCAUUCAUUAGAGUCAACCAGGUGUCUCUGAAACGGACCAUAGUGAACACUUCCAGAGAGGAGCCAUUUUUGUUUACAGCGGGAAUAAAAGACCGGACCAGAUGCAUUUUCCUACUGCCUCACGUCCCAUGGCAGGUCGAGAACUGCUUUGUUGCAACUAUUUGACUCUACAGAAACCUUUCAAGGGA